AUGCCACCGCGCAAGAGCAAUGCUUCCACAGUACCUGAUGAGGGAAACUCCUCCAUGGUCGAUGGGAUCAGCAUAGAUGACCUAGGUCUUCCAAAGUCAAUGGUGCAGCGACUCGCACGGGGCGCACUACCACCAAACACGGUGGUGCAGAAAGACGCGAUACUGGCGAUACAGAAAAGCGCAACAGUUUUCAUAAGCUACCUGGCGUCACAUGCGAACGAACUCACGAUGAGGAGUAACAAGAAGACGAUACAACCACAAGACGUACUCAAUGCUCUGCACGCCAUCGAGUUUGAACGCUUUGCUGCGCGAUUGGACGAGGAACAUACAAAGUUUGCGACGAUCCAAACCGAGAAGCGCAAUUCCUACCGCCGCAAAGUAAAAGAGGAGAAGAUCGCCGCCGCCCAACGCUUCGCCGAUGAAAAUAUCACCGCGCAACAGGCUCCCUCCUCCCCCGCAGAAGAAAGUUUCGUCACCGCAGAAGGCAGCGUGAAAGGUCUCAGAUCACCAGCACGACGUAAAGACGGAGACUCGCCGCCUGCUCACAAAAAGGCACGGAGAGAGGAUGGCGCAGAGCCAGAAACAGAUGCUGAGAUGGAAGAUGAGGUUGAUGAUCAGGACGAUGAGGAGGAUGAUGAAGAGGAUGAGGAGGAGGAGGAAGACGAACCAGAUGACGACGAGGAGGAUCACGGAGAUGGAGCAGAUCAGUUGGUGGAAGAUCCGCUGGAGGACAAUGAAGAACGAGAUGAGGAUUCUGAAGGCGAAGACAGUGAUUGA